AUGAAACUUUUACCUGUCCAUAGGAAUUCCUUAGAAAGAAAAAGAUCAAUACCGUCGUCUCCAAGUUCUCCGACGACUUCAACUCCUGAAGUGAGUCCAUAUUCGUCGCCCGUAGAUGCUAAACCCCCACAGAGCCCGACGAUAGAAGCACCUUACGCCACCGUAGAGGAAGUUCAGGAAUUCGACGACAGAUUACGAAAUAGCCCGUCAAAGCAUGUCAAUAACCUCCCGGAUACACAAAACGCCCCCGACACUCCUAAUCGUGACGAAACUGUAAAUAAAAAUAACAAUUCACUCGAACGUAAAACCUCUCGCGUCACAGAGAUGCUAAUUUCAGAAAUAAUUGCCAGUAGAAACAACAAAAAGAAUGAAGCUAAUACUGUUAUUGAUAAAGGUAAGGAUUCCGAGAAUAUGAGUAACGGCAAUGCUUCGCCGGGGAUAGUGAUGAAGGAUAUGAAUAACCAUGAAAUGUUGAUCUACGAGCUGCAAACGAUGCGCUCGCAGUCGAACGUGCCGGAGACGUUGGAGCCUAAGAGCCCUGUGGUCGAAAGAAGUGAAAAGUGUGAUUCUGAGGACUCCGAACAGAACUAUGCUAUGUCGUCAGUGUCAAAUUUCAGUGGGAACACAGAUGAUGAAAGUGACCAGGCCUAUGCGUAUAUUGUCGACGAUGAUCUCAAAUCAAGGUUACGCAAACAGUUCAGAGCGAUCAGCACAAUGUCGCUGCAGGGUCUCCCGCCGCUGCCCAAGAGCCUCAGCGGCUUCGCUGACGGCGAGCCGGAGUCCCCGCCCGCCGCCCCCGCGGACGACAAGCCCCCCACUGAUCUCGACUCGCAGCUCACAUACUUGAAGAAAGAAAUGGCGAGCCUCCGGCAGCUAGACCUCUCGCUGCUGUCGGAGCUGUGGUCGCUGAGCGAGGCCAUGGCGUCGUGGCGCCGGCAGCUGGAGCGCGGGCCCCGACUGCGCCCCGCGCCGCCGCCGCCGCCCCCGCCGCACUACCUUAGAACUUAGCUUAAAACUUCCUUUCAACUACCACUAAAGUAAGGACCCCUACCAAUUUCAUACAAUGAACAGCCUGUUUCUAUUUCUAUAGCAGGAAUAAUUUUGUACUGUUGUCCUAACAUAUAACCGAGAUCUCGGUCUCGUUAUUCUCGGCCGAAAUCGAGCCAAGAUCUCGAUCUCCGCCAAAAUGGGCCGAGACUGUGGCAGCCGACGAUAAUGUCGGCCUUCAAUGUUCCUGUGCGACAUGGAAACCAAAUGUCCAUCGUAUAGAGAAGGAACAGGCGGUUCAAUGUACGAUAUUCUUUGUGCUUGGCGUCCAUGCUUUAUACGGAAACUAUUUUUAGAAAUUUAGAAUUCUGCUAACACCCUCUUAAUAGUUUUGACAAACAAUAGGUUCCUAAAUUUUGUUUCACCAUCGGAUACUUAAAAGGGUUAUUAUUUAUUAAUUGAGUGAACUGACACCGUCGUCUCAAAAAUACUGUGUAGUACAGUACAUAGACAUUUUAUGAAUACUUAUUCACUGAUUGUCGUUUAACAUUAGUAGGUAAGUAUUUGUGAGAAGCGUAUUUUUUUUUCAAUCAUUGUUUCCUUCUGCUGUUAAAUCCCGGUACUUGAAAUCCGUAAAUUUUUGUAACUACUGUAAGCCUACGGCUACAUUUAUAAUAUAAAUCUUCAAUUGUAGCGUUAGACCAGAAAUUAUUCCAAGCGCAUUUAUUAAAUUUCAAUGACGGUGUUUCUGUUGUUUGAUUUCAUGAAUUUGAAUAGAUAAGUUAUAGAUAGUCUGAUCAGCCAUUUUUAUGUCACUACCCUCAGAAUUUCAGAAUUAAGUAGGUACUUAGCUACCCUUUAUUUGUGGUGAUAAGAUUCAGAUUCUGAAUCUGAAUCUUUAUUUGUGGUGAUAAUAUUAGAAUAAAAAAUAAUAUUAUAUAGUGAUUGGUUGAUUAAACUAUUUAUAAUAAUAACUGGUAACCACAGAUGUAGGUAAUGUGUAUAUUGUGUGGACUGUAAAAAUAUUUGUUUGCUAUUGUAAGGUUUUUUUGAAUAAAUCAUGACUAAGUGUUUAA